GGACCGAUGGAUGAAGUUGCAGCCCGGCCAGUUUAAAUCUGUUUCCUUCUUGUGAGCUUGAGCGCUUCUUUCUGGCUUAAUGCGAAUUUUUAAGGAGACUUCUCAGGUUUUGAUUUUUUUGUUUUGUUUUGUUUUGGCAGGUAGGGAAUUUUUACCUGAUUUAACUGUUGCUAGUAGAAUAGAGCUUGUUUUUGCGGUUGCUGUUGGUUGGAUUUGUUUAAUUUAAAAGGUUUUUUCUUUGAUGAUUCCCGAUUAACAUCACUCUUUUUAGAGUUGAGGGUAAAGAGCUUUAAUUUAGAGGCUAGAGAGAUAGUGGGUUAGAAAAGCUUCCAGUGCUAAGACACUGGUAAAAAUCUGUGCUGGGUGGAAAGUGACACUGAUCAUCAAGGUGUCUCCCUUAGGUAUAGCCAUCUUGUAUCUGCUUAGGGACCUCUUUUUCCUCAUUAGUGGGCUGAGGAACGGCUGUGAUGGGAUAACUUUAUAGUAAUUGGGUUGUUUUUAGAGUGAGGUAGGACUGUCUCACAGGCAAGAUGCUUCUAUAUGCCCUUUGUCCACCUAUGGCAUAUGAGAUAUGAGUUCACCUCUUCAGUUUCUUAGAGCCAAGUUUUGAGGAACCAAAUAAUAACUGGGGUCUCUGCUAGCCAUGCGAAUGCAAGAUCGAUUAUAAGGGAUGCUAAACUACUUCUUUCAGGGGCGGUAGUUAAAUUAAAAGCUUAUGGAGCUUUAGUAGCCUAUAUGGAGACUUUCAUAGGUAAUGAAAGUCUUCCCGCUCUUUGGAUAGAGGAAAAAUGGCUUAUGCUUCUUGAGCUAUCAGCCUAGUGAUCUUGGUGAAAAUUAUGUUUACGUGGGGCGGGGUAGGGGGGAGAAUAAAGGGAGCUUAUUGCUUUUUAAAUGCGUCAGUUUCAUAGCUUCUGAUCUUCAGAAUGUCCUCACUUGCUCCGUACAUUGGGCAGUGAGAGUUGCUUGGUUAAUUGAGAUCUACUGAGGACAGGAUUCUCUAAUCUCCAAAAAUGGCAGCUGUUGCAGUGCUAGAGGAGGAACUGGUAUGCAUUGAAAAUGAGCUUCAGGCAGUGGAGAUGCAGAUUCAGGAGCUUCUGGAUAAACAGCAGGAACUCAUUCAUAAGAAGAUGGUGCUGAAGAGGCUGAUAAAGCAGUCCUCGGAAGAUUCAGAAGCCGGAGGAAGUGAAGAGGCUGAAAGCUCAGCUGAGGCAUGGAAAAAAAAAGAUUUUCCCUGGUAUGAGAAGAUCAAAACAGCGCUGCAGAACAAGUUUAAACUCCAGAAGUUUAGGUCUCUGCAACUUGAAACAGUAAAUGCUGCAAUGGCAGGAAAGGAUAUAUUUCUUGUCAUGCCUACAGGUGGUGGAAAGAGCCUUUGCUAUCAGUUACCAGCUGUCUGUUCUGAUGGUUUCACACUUGUGAUAUGUCCUUUGAUAUCACUUAUGGAAGAUCAGCUCAUGGUUUUGGAACAACUUGGCAUUUCUGCAACUUUAUUAAAUGCCUCAAGCAGUAAGGAGCAUGUGAAGUGGGUUCAUGCUGAAAUGCUGAACAAAAACUCACAACUGAAGCUCAUUUAUGUGACCCCGGAGAAGAUUGCAAAAAGCAAGAUGUUCAUGUCAAAGCUAGAGAAAGCUUAUCAAGCAGGAUGUCUUGCUCGUGUUGCCGUAGAUGAGGUCCAUUGUUGUAGUCAGUGGGGCCAUGACUUCAGGCCUGACUACAAGUCUCUUGGUAUUUUGAAACGACAGUUUCCCAAUGCUCCAUUGAUUGGGUUGACUGCAACUGCUACAAAUCAUGUUUUGAAGGAUGCUCAGAAAAUUCUGUGUGUUAAGAAAUGCAUUACCUUUACUGCAUCUUUCAACCGGCCCAAUCUUUACUAUGAGGUUCGAUAUAAACCUUCAAAUAAUGAGGAUUUCAUUGAGGACAUUGUUAAGAUCAUCAACGGAAGGUACAAAGGACUCUCAGGAAUUGUUUACUGUUUUUCUCAGAAGGACUCGGAACAAGUUACUGUGAGUUUGCAGAAACUGGGAAUCAAAGCAGGGACUUACCAUGCAAAUAUGGAUGCUAAAUAUAAGACCAAAGUUCAUAAAGGAUGGGCAGCAAAUGAAAUCCAGGUUGUAGUGGCAACUGUUGCUUUUGGCAUGGGAAUUGAUAAACCGGACGUGAGGUUUGUAAUUCAUCAUUCUAUGAGCAAAUCCAUGGAGAACUACUAUCAAGAGAGUGGGCGUGCAGGUAGAGAUGACCAAAAAGCUGACUGCAUUUUAUAUUAUGGUUUUGGAGAUAUAUUCAGAAUCAGCUCAAUGGUAGUGAUGGAAAAUGUAGGACAAGAGAAGCUGUAUGAUAUGGUGUCUUACUGCCAGAACGUGAACAAGUGUCGCCGAGUCCUCAUAGCCCAUCAUUUUGAUGAAGUAUGGGAUUCUGCAAACUGCAACAGAAUGUGUGAUAACUGCUGUAGAGAGAACUCAUUUCAGAAAAUAGAUAUAACGGAAUACUGCAGGGAUCUAAUCAAGAUACUUGAGCAAGCUGAAAACAUGAGUGAGAAACUCACUCCACUGAAGUUAAUUGAUGCUUGGUUGGGGAAAGGUGCAUCAAAGUUCAGGGUGACUGAAGUUACUCCACCAAAGCGCACUCGAGAGGAACUGGAGAGAAUUAUUGCCCAUUUACUGCUGCAGCAGUAUCUGAAAGAAGACUUCAGCUUCACGGCAUUUGCUACAAUAUCCUACCUGAAGAUAGGACCAAAAGCUGAUCUGCUAAAAAAUGAGGCGCAUAUCAUCACAAUACAAGGGACAACAAACGAAAAAAGCAUCUACAGGAACAAACCAUCUCAGUCUGCAGAUUUGAAAGGAAGUGGAGGAAAUACUCAGAAUAUUUCAAAGAAUAUCCAAGAUUCAGCAGUGAAGAAGUCACAAGAACAUAAGCGGCCUAACUGUGGAACUACCUUAAAAGCAAAGAAGCUUAAGCUUCAGGCAGGUGGAAAUGAAAAACCAAUAGUUCUUGACUGAGUCUUAGAGACUACCUCUAGGAUCUCACCAUGUUUGCUUCUCUAUGGAUAAUCGUAAGUUCAGCUUGUAUUUUAGUAAUAGUAUUUCUGUUAAAAGGAUUUGUCAAAAAGGUCAGAGGAAAACAAGUACUGUUAAAAGCUAGCUAUAUGGAGAAGAUUAAUCCCUUCUUUCCACCUUAAAUUUAGCACCACUUGAAUAAAUAGCAAAGGGACAAAUGCUUCAUAUCAAAGUAAAUGGUAUCUAUCCUGUGAUACAGCAACGACUACAAAAUUUCAGUAACUGUUUUGAAAGUGCAGUGUCUGGUAACACUUUAUGACAGAAUCAAGCAGGUUGGAAGGGAUCUCCUGAGAUCAAUCUGCUGCUCAAAGCUGGCCUAAUUAGAGGAAAUUGCUCAGGGCUGUGUCUGAGUUUUGACUGUCCCAAGGAUGGAGGUUCUACAGUCUCUCUGGGCACCUGUUCCAGUGUCCAGUGUUAAAUUUAAACCAAAUUUAUGGUUUAAAAAAAAACAAAAUAAAAAAAAAACUUGGAGCUAAUUGUUAUUUCUCAUGUUGCAACUGGUGUCCAUUGCCUCUUGUCCUAGAAUUGUGCUCUUCUGAGAAGAGUCUGGCUCUGUUUCUAUGCUAUGAACCAGAUCUCCUGAGCCCCCUUGCCUUCCGUGGCAGUCUCACCUGGCAUUCUGACAAGGAGAUCCCUGAACAAGUUAAUCUGUUCUCUUGAAGUCCAGGGCUGUGGUUGUAGUGUGUCUUGCUCAUCUCUCUCAGAAUUUUAAACUCCACAGUCUCCCAAUCACCGAGCAACAUCUGGGAUCUGGAUCCCCAGAAAGAAGCAAACCUCCUGAGAUAUCAAGUUAGGUUGGCAGAUGUGGGCCUCUGUCUCCCACAAAAGGGAAUAUCUGAUAACUAUCACCCUCCUUUUCUCCCUUGUGGUCACAUGGCUUAGGUUCAGCUGGCUCCUAUGCCCCCUGAUAGAGGUAGGACUUCCUCCCUUGUUUCCAGGGCACUCUACCUGCUCUGUAGUGGCUGAAUCGCAGGCAGCGAAGGAGCCCUUUUGUGUUGCUGGAAGCAACAGGUUUCCAGCCUUCCCUACUGAGGGAGUCUCCAUCCAUUGCUUCUUUGAGGGUAGUCUCUGGUUGUCCCUCCUUUGCAAUACAGGGCCUGGGUGAUUCUUGGCUCUGUAGAGUCUCUGCAAAGACCUGAUCAAUCUCCUGUUCCUCCUCUCUGCUACUACUCAAGCUGCAGGAGCUGCUCCUCCCGUGAACUGGCACCGUGACUGGAGCACAGCUCCCACCAGCGAGGCCGCUGCUGUCUCCAGCCCCAGCGAGAGGCACCAGGCACUCCCUGCAGCCAGAGACCUGGGCUGCAGCGUCUUUCUGCUGGAGCUCUGCAUGGGUUGAAGCCUCUGCUGUGUCAAAGACUUGCUCCAGCCCGUGUGGGCAUCACCACCAUUGUUGCACAGUCUUAAGCAGAGAUAUCUGGCCCUUUUCUGAUCCUGCUGGGACGACUGCAAAUCUGUUAGCUGCCCAUCUGCUGGGCAGUAGUAGAUGUAAGCAUCUACUGCAGUGCAUUUAAGCACUUGAAUGCACUCCAAACAAAAAUUUAACUAGAGCAUUGUUACAACUUUACCCUGCUUCUGACUUGCAGAGUUUUUCCAUGAAAUAUACUUAUUUAUCCUGUUAAAAUAUAUUCAUUUCUCUUAGAAUUGGAUAUUUCUAGUUUGCUAUUCAAAUUGAAAAUUACUAUUUCUGGACUUUUCAAAAGCAUCCAAAUUUAUAUUUAAAGACAAGACAACAUUUCUUGACCUUUCUUGAGUUGUACCUUAUUUAGGAAAUACAGAAACAACUCCACUGAAGAAAAAAUAACUCUGUCCUCUUUCCCCCUACUCAUCCCGGUCAACUUGGACUUAAAUGCUAGCUGUAGAUCUCCCUUCUUAUUUUUCUAAAGUAGAUCUGGUCAUUCUUCUAUGAAUAAGUAUCAUUUUACUUUGUAAGCAAGAGGACAUUACUGCAUCUGUGGCUUGUUUAAGUUAGUGCUUUACAAAAGGUCCACGCAUCUGGAGCAAUAGUGAAAAUUAGAAUAGCUGCCGACUUAAGCCUUAAACGUGGACUGUAUUAAAUUGAAUCUUUGGGAGUUUUCCGAAUUCUCUUCUCUUAACCUAGCUACUUGAGAAAUACACUUGUCUGCUUUGUUAUUCCUGUUGUGUUUAUGGAAAUAAGGAAAGAGAAGGCAACUAUAGGUGCACAUCUCUGUUUGUCUAUGGCUUAGAGUAACAUGUUUCCACCAUUUUGAAGUGCAGCCUGUCUCUUUUGACUGACUUAUAAUUCUUUUUAUGUGACAUCUUGGUUCUGUCAAGGCAAGAAAGAACCUGUACUUACUGCUGUAAACGUUCAUACAUGUUCCCUCAUCCCAAGGAGCUGAGGAGAAAUUGGCAACAGUUGAAGGUAGUUUGCUGUCAGGGGUGACUGUUGAACAUCAUAUAUAGUUUUAUCUGUAUUUAUUACAGCUGUGCAGUUAAUAGUACUGUUUGUGAUGGUACGUAGUAUGGGUUCUGUAGAGUGAUGCUUCUGUGCUUUAGAAUUGCACUCAUACCUAUGUAAUUGUAUACGCUCGACCUGGAGUUUGAGUAAAAUUCAAAUCUCAACUUGCAA